AGCACACACUGAGGAGUGUGGAAGGCGUAAAUCCAGUAUGGAUGAGCUGGCAAAGCGGACAGCCACUGUGAGUUUAGAGGUGGUGAAGAGGAGAAAGGGAGAUGAAAGAGAGAGGGAGGAAGAAGGAAGGAAGGAGGCAGUCCCAGCCUGUGUUGCUGCCACUCAGGGGAUGCUGUUAGCAAGAUGAGGAGUCUGAGACUGAAAAGAAGAGACCUGCCAAUCAUCCUCCAGCUUACUGACCCUCACCAAAUGGACCCAUUUUGUUAAAUUUUGGGUUAGAAAGGAGGUUCAGGAUAAGAGCACUAGUACUAUCAAAGACUAAAAAAUAAAAUAAAAGGGACAGAAGCCUCCACUGAGGCUCGUGUGGGGACCAUGUCUCAAUCAGGCAAGAUCCUGCACCUGUAUGUGGAGGUGAGGUCUGUCCCGGAGGAGGAGGGGGAAAGGAAGGAGUUGGGUGGUGGUGUGGAGGGGAUGCACCCACUAGUGCUCCAAGGGCCUGACAUCCUACCUCAGUCCCAGCGCACCCCCAGCCACUCCACCUCCACCUCUAGCUGUACCUGCACUUGCCCCUCUACCUCCACCCCCAGCCCAGCCUCCAUGUCCCCAGGGGUGUUGCAUAAAGAUGGGGGCAGCAGUCCCAGCCUCACCUCCAAGUCCUCCUCCAGACACUCUGUCAGUUUCCAGCUGGACCUACCGGACAACUCCGGACCGCCCACACACCACAGGCAGAGUCUGCCUUACAAGGGGAUUGGUCAGCUGCUCUCCACUCUCCAGCCUGCACCCAAUGGGCCGCAGCAUGGCACUCUGGUGCGUGGCCGCUCCUCAGAUAUUGAGCACUACCACGGGAGGGUGCCCCUAUCCCCUGCCUCCUCUGGGAGAAUAAUGUCCCCCUCGACUCCAACCAGUGGGCGCAGGUCCUAUGAUGGCUCUGGUGUGGGGGACGGGGGCAAGUGCUCUGUGGUCAGCUUUAGCUACAUAGAGAAAGCCAGCAUUAAAUCUGUGGACAGCCCCCACAGUGCUGUGUGCCAAAGUGUACCUGAGAACCCUUUCAGUAGAGGCAUGGAGGAGAGGCAUAUGCCUGCCCACCUUAGGAAGAGGCUCAGUGACCCUGUGUGGUCAGACAGCUGGCAGCCCUCCGGUAGCUCCAGCACCAAACUGUCCUGUCCCACCUCGGGCAGGUCCCCCAGGAGCUCCCCUUGUCUCCGCAGGGCCACUCUGGACACUGUAGCCAGAGAGGCCACCUACAGGGCCAUGGAGGAAUUUGGCUCCCCGGAACUGAGGCGCAGACUGGCAGCCUACAGCCCAGACAGAAGCCCAAGCCUGCCUUGGCACUACCAGCAGCAGCCCCGCUGCCAGUCCUGUGGUGGGUCCCCGGACCUGCCUAGGGGAGCCAAAACACUGCCAGUCAAUGCACACCUCAUAGACUCAGACAGGAACCGUGGUUUGAAUGGCCUCCCCAGAAGCCCAGCUUCUCACCAGCUCUCUGUUCAAGCCAGGCAGUCCUACUACAACUACACCAUGUCCCCUACCAGUGUUAGCCGCCACCAUGGUGUCCAGAACCACAGGCUGUGGCUAGGGGACGAGAGUCCUAGGUUGUCCUCAAAAUGUGGGGACGAGAGUCCCAGGUUGUCCUCCAAGUUUGGGAACGAGAGUCCCAGGUUGUCCUCCAAGUUUGGGGACGAGAGUCCCAGGUUGUCCUCCAAGUUUGGGGACGAGAGCCCCAGGUUGUCCUCCAAGUUUGGGGACGAGAGCCCCAGGUUGUCCUCCAAGUUUGGGGACGAGAGUCCCAGGUUGUCUUCCAAGUUUGGGGAUGAGAGCCCCAGGUUGUCUUCCAAGUUUGGGGACGAGAGUCCCAGGUUGUCUUCCAAGUUUGGGGAUGAGAGCCCCAGGUUGUCUUCCAAGUUUGGGGAUGAGAGCCCCAGGUUGUCCUCCAAGUUUCGCCCACCUUUACCUGCAGGCAGGCCCACUGCAAUUCAGCAUGAAAUACCAGCAAGCAUGAUUACCAGCACUUCAGCCUCUUGCGACCAGAGGGCUAGCAGCCACACCAGCAGCCACACUCCUAGCGAUAGUCCCUGCUUACCCAACAAGGUCAACUCCAAACAGUCAGGUCAGUCAAAUGACAGCAAGAUGGGAGAGGGAAUGAACCAGACGAGUGACAGAAGAAGUAUCUCCCCGGCCACUAGCCCUCACAUGGCCUGUAAGCUGGCGGAGGAGGCUACCAAGUUGUCCACCAUCUUCAUGGACAGGAGGACUCCCUCCCACACCCCGUCCCAGGCUGACUCCACCAGGUCAGAGAGCCCCAAGCCUGGCUACAUCUCCAGGGAGUCUCAACCCUACGCCACCCUCCAGGGCCAGGGUUCUCCAGCACAGCCCCACCCUGAACCUAACACCAACACACACCUACAGGACCAUAGGUGGACAGACAAGGAGUCUCCUAGAGCUGGACCCCACUACAGAGAGUACAGACCAGGUCAAGAACCGGGGCAAGCCUCCCCCCUCCUACAGCAGAAGGAUAUCUCCUCCCCUGCUAUGCCAGCAACACUGCACCUAGUGGUGGCGUCCCACACCCCUAUCAUAGACCCUCGGCUGCAGAGAGCUGAGCUGCUGACGAAAGACAGCCCAACCCUGCACCGCCACCAGCCCCCGCAGUACAUGGGAGACCUGGGCUCCCCCAGCCUGGAGAGGAGACAGUAUGACACCCGCUUCGAUAGAGGGGGUCCGAGGGACAGCCCGGAGAGCAGCAGGCGCCUGGUUAUAGGACUCGACAUGGAGCCACCAGAGAGCUGGAGCUCCAGGAUGCAGCAGUGGAGGGAGAAUGGGUCCGUUGCGGACAGGGAGGAGUCCAUUAGAGAGAAUCUGACUGCUGAUGGUGAUGAAGUGUAUGUGGUGACCAAGGAGGAGCUACAGCAGAGGAGGGAUGGAACAGCUGUGUUGGGGUAUCAGGGGUAUAAACAUGGGGUAAACAGGGAGCAGAGGGGGGAGACCCAGGACCAUAGCGGGGCACUGGGGUCUUCCCAAAGCUCCAGUGGAGUGACAGGCAGUCUGGGGGAGAGCAGUCAGCCAGAGAGGGACUGUCUCUCUCCAGAGACAUCCAGCCAGUCCAGCCAGAAGAGCAAUGACACUGAAGAGACUGCUUCUGGGAUGCAGUCGGACAGCGGUUCCUCUGUGCUGGGCCCGUCCUUGCACUCCCAGAAGAUUGCCCGUGCCAAAUGGGAGUUCCUGUUCGGACAGCCCAUAGAGGACAGCCAUGAUUCUAAAGACUACUCUCAAGCCCCCCCUAGUGGCACCCCCAGUGAGUCUCCCAUGCCCACCCCUCCCUCCUCCCUGCUCCUGAAGCCCACAGGUCACAGGAGGGUGUGGGACGAUGAGGGUCAGAGUUUACCCUAUCACGAUGUCCAGCAGGUGGUGGAGUUGGUGACUCCGCUCACGAUCGCUGUGGUUGGAUUCUCGCCCAAGACGGGCAUCAUCCGGAGAGCCAUCAACUACGCUGAGACGGACUUAGACGCAGUGCCCCUGAAAUGCUAUAGGGAAACAGAUCUAGAUGAGGUGAUAUUGGCUGAGGCAGAGCGAGAGCAGGAGGAGGUGGACUCUGCCUUUGGGAGUAACCGCAGCGUGAUGGGCACCUCUGCCUCCAGCGCCAGUACCAUAGUACGCACUGAUGGAGAGGAGGAUGAGCUGGAGGAGGAGGAGGAGGAGGAGGAGGAGGUGGUGAGCUGGGCCAGUGUGAGGAUGCAGGGGGAUAAGAAGAGACAGCAUGCCACCCAGGAGGAUAAUCAGGUGUACAGUCUGCUGCUGAAGGGUUGUACCCUGGACCACAUAUCAGAUGCCCAAUCAGCCCUGAAGUCCCCCAUCUCAGUGACCAGCCCUCGCAGGACCUCAGUGGACAGCCUAGACUCCUUCAGCCGCCACUUCGAGAGGAUCAUGGAGUCUCACCGAGCCAAGGGCACCUCUUACAGCAGCCUGGACAGCGUUGACCUCUUGACCUCCAGCUGCCCGCCCGUAUUCACCUUUGACCUACCCACCCUCACCCCUGAGAUCCAGAGCCAGAUUUGUGAGAAUGCGCGUCAUAUCAUCGAGCUGAGUUUUGCCCCCCUGGCCCAUACAGAGCUCCCCAGUGUGUCUGACCCCACCUGCUCUGAGAACACCCUGGACCCCACAGGAGAGGGGCUCAGCAGCACCUCUGAGCAGGAUUAUACUUCAGGAGGGAAGUCCCGGUUGGAGAAAGACUGCUUGCGAACUAAGUCUAAUUUAGACUUGCCUCUCAUCAGGGAGAAGCCAGGCCACUGGGCUCCAGAUCCGUUCACACAGCAGGACGUGGGCGAGCGCUUGGCCUUGGGCAGCACAGAGGCCCUGGCCAACGGCAACAAGGCUGACCUGCAGGCCGCCAAGCGCCUGGCCAAACGGCUCUUCAACCUGGAUGGCUUCAGGAAGUCUGACGUGGCCAGGCACCUUAGCAAGAAUAAUGAAUUCAGUCGGAUGGUGGCAGAAGAAUACCUCAGUUACUUCAACUUUUCAGGCCUUACUAUUGACCAAGCACUACGAGCCUUCCUGAGGGAGUUUGCCCUCAUGGGAGAGACACAAGAGAGAGAGCGAGUGCUGGCCCACUUCUCUAGGCGAUAUCUACAAUGCAACCCCAAUGCAAUGCCUUCUGAAGACAGUGUCCACACUCUGACCUGUGCCCUGAUGCUGCUCAACACAGACCUGCAUGGCCACAAUAUCGGUAAGAAAAUGUCCAUCCUGCAGUUCAUCGGCAACCUGGAAGGGCUAAACGACGGAAAGGAUUUUCCCAAAGAACUGCUCAAGGCCUUGUACAACUCUAUCAGAAACGAGAAGCUCCAGUGGACCAUCGAUGAGGAGGAGUUGCGCAAGUCCUUCUCCGAGUUGGCCGAUUUGCGCACUGACUCCGCCUCCCACACCAUGAAGCGAAUCGGCAGUAGUCUAGGCGUGGCCCAGAAUCCUGACGCCCUGAUCUAUAAGAACGGCUUCCUGGUACGGAAGGUCCACGCAGACUCUGACGGCAAGAAAACCCCUCGAGGUAAGAGAGGAUGGAAGACAUUUUAUGUCAUGCUGAAGGGACUGGUCCUUUACCUGCAGAAGGGAGAGUACCGUCCAGAUAAGCAGCUGUCUGAAGAGGAUCUGAAGAACGCUGUGUCCAUCCACCACUCUCUGGCCAUGAGGGCAGCAGACUACAGCAAGAGGCCCAACGUCUUCUACCUGCGCACUGCAGAUUGGAGAGUGUUCCUCUUCCAAGCACCUAAUGCAGAGCAGAUGCAGUCGUGGAUCACCCGUAUCAACGUGGUGUCAGCCAUGUUCUCAGCGCCACCCUUCCCUGCAGCCAUCGGCUCCCAGAAGAAAUUCAGCCGCCCGCUGCUGCCAGGCUCCAACACCAAGCUGUCUCAGGAAGAGCAGGUGAAAUCCCAUGAGACACGUUUCCGGGCCAUCUCCUCUGAGCUGAAUGAGUUAACCGCUGUAAUUCCAGACAAAAAGGCCAAAGUGUGUGAUCUGGAGGAGCACAAGCAACGUGAGGAGUACCUGGAGUUUGAGAAAACUCGCUACGGUACGUACGCCAUGCUACUGAGGGCUAAGAUCCGGAGUGGGGAAGAGGACCUGUCUCUAUUCGAGUCGCGUCUCUUUGACAACGGGGGUCUCCAGAGGGCCCACUCCAGCCCCACUCUGCGGGAGGAACACAGCAGCAGCAGCCAGGCCAGCAGUGCUAAGGGUGGGGGCAGCAGCAGUAGUUCCAGCACCAAGGGGAGAAGCAAGACCAAGCGCUCUGAGCCCCAGAGAAACAGCUACAGACAGGCUGUCAAACAGUGAGAGGGACCCUGGAGGGUGUUGGGGUGGACAGGAUGGUUUAAACAAUUGGAUUAUCUGUGUUGAUCGAUAGACAGGGACCACUGGUGUGACUGGAAAAUUUGAUGGAGGUGGGGAGGAGGAGGAAGAUGAUGGGUUGGGGGUUGACCUGUUGCAUGCUUCUAUCCUGAGAAACCCCAGGCACGGAUGCUCCAGGGCUAAUUAUACAGUACAGUGGACACUCAGUCCUUCAUUUUACUAUACAAAUGACUAACUUCUGUGUGGUCCUAAAUUACGGGUCAUAUCCACAUGUAUUUUAUUUGAAUAUUAUUUUGGACCAAUUCUUGUUGACAGAGAUCUAAAGAUUACAUAGACUAAGCCAUUAGAUCUGAUUAUGUUGAGAGUCGUAGGUUAUUUUCCUCCUACGAGAGUUCAGUGUCUCCAUAAAUUCCAUCUAUGUGAUUACUGCACACUGCACAGCCCACCUCGCCACUUGUAAAGUGAGUUGCCGUGCCGACCAGCUAGGAUGGACAGAGACAGAGCUGCAUCAGCUCAUCUGACUGUUACCAUGGAGACUAAACGGAGCCUGUGAUCAUUCCAUCCGACCAGAGUGCCAGGACCUCAACCCAACCACAAUGCAUUUGGAGGAAACUGGAGGAACACUGUGUUCUUCAUGAGAGACAUGAUCAAUUGGAAAGAAUAUAGCAGGUUACUGGACAUAAUUUAUGAUGCUGCAUGCACAUACUAAUUUUGUUUUCAAAGUCUUUGCUAUGAUUUUAUUAUUCUAAGGGCUUUUAUUGUGGCAAACCGAACCGGCCCAGACCCAGGCCCUUCUACUUUAACUGUGAAGCUCUGCUGGAUCUCAUUAUUAUUUCUAAGGACAUUUACACACAUCAGCUAUGGCACCGCCACUAAUCUGAAUGAUUUGUCAUACUAAUGGGUUGAUAAAGUAGAUUGAUCACACAGGCUGGCUAUCUAUCAGUUUAAUUCACUUUGAAGAGUAGUAUCAGGAGAUGGAAGACUCACUCAUCGAGGACAUGCUUCACUAUGGUAUUAAAAGACAAUCGUUUUUUUUUAUUCUGACGUUAUUCACAUGGUGUUUUUCAUUUGUAUAACUGAAAAAUGAAACAUGACAGUACAUCUCAGCUGUUUGUCAAACACGA